GUGAGCAGACGGACACGAUGCGCGCGUGUUAUCGACACUUUUAUGUGAUUUGUGGUUUAGUUUGGUCUGUCAGCAGCUUUUAUUCAGCUGUUGAAAGUUUUCCAGCUCCUCUGAAAGACUGUGGGGAUUAUGGAGAUUAUAUUCGGGGACCUGCUCUAUUGAGUUUAUUGUGUGAUCUGGAGUGGAGGGAUCAGAAGCAGGAGCAGAUUCAGAAUGUUUUCAAGAGGUUUCUCUUUCAUUAUUCUAAAGCACAGAAUUCAGUUGGAUCAGUAGACAGAGAGUCUCAUUCAGUUCACCCGCUGAUGCGUCUCUCCCCGAAACUGUCUCUGCGCAGAAAGAAACAACAGAGAAGCUGAAGGAUGUCUGCGGAGCAUCCGGAAGAUUCACUUAAGUUCUGCGCUGAUCUGGGAUGUUCUGGC